UAUGGUUUGCGGAGUACCAAACAAAGUUGAUUUACUCGCAAUUAAAUCGUUUUGACAUUUUACGACAAGAGGAGUCCACUUGUAUCAAUUCGGAUCUAACCACCGGAACGAUGAUUUUGGACCAUACAUAAACAUCGAUAGAUCUUUCUGAAAUUUAUGUUUUUUUUAUUCUUUAUCGACAACGUUUGUUAUUUACACUAAUAUAUUUAAAUGCGUUGAAGCUUGAUGUUUCAUUUCAACGAAAAUAUCAGUUGACAAAAAUAAAUGGACAUCAUGUUAGGAAAAACUCUGUUCCUCUUAGGUUGCUUUAUCUUAUCAUGUUUCUUUAUCAUCUCAACCACAAGAUCCAGACGAAGGAAAUCUCUUACAGCAGCUGCGACUCCUCCAGGGCCUCCACGGCAACUCAUCAUCGGAAACAUUAACCUUGUUGGAAAGGAUCCACACCGCUCAUUUGCGGACCUCUCAAAAACAUAUGGACCAGUCAUGAGUCUUAAGCUUGGAUUUUUAAACACAGUGGUCAUAACUUCACCAGAAGCUGCAAGAGAAGUCUUAAGAACACACGACCAAGUCUUGUCUAACCGUGGCUCCAAUAACUCGAUAAAUUCCAUCAACCACCAAGAGUUUUCCCUUGUCUGGGCUCCUUCAUCCUCGCUUCGUUGGAGACUACUGAGAAAACUGUCAGCGACUCUGCUCUUCUCACCGCAGCGUAUGGAAGCCACCAAAGCGUUGAGGAUGAAAAAGGUGAAAGAUCUUAUAAGCUUUAUGAGUGAAAGCAGCGAGAGAGAAGAAGCUGUCGACAUUUCUCAUGCAUUAUUCACCACAACUCUUAAUAUCAUUUCGAAUAUUCUGUUUUCGGUCGACCUCGGUAGCUAUGACCCAUUGAAAGAGUUGAAUGGGUUUAAAGACACGGUAAUUGGUGUCAUGGAAGCUAUUGGAAACCCAGAUGCUGCUAACUACUUUCCAUUUCUUCGGUUUCUUGAUCUGCAAGGUAAUAGCAAGAAGAUGAAAGACAAUAUCGAGAGAUUGUUUAAGGUUUUCCGUGGGUUUAUCGAUGCUAAAAUAGCAGAACAAUCAUUGCGGAAUAACCCUAAAGAUGUCACAGACAGUGAUUUCGUGGAUGCGCUUCUUCAUCUUACCGAAGGAGAUGGAGCAGAGCUCAACACUAAUGAUAUCGAACACUUUCUCUCAGACCUGUUCACGGCAGGCGCGGAUACUAGCUCUAGUACCGUUGAGUGGGCAAUGGCAGAGUUACUUAGUAACCCUAAAACGAUGGAGAAAGCUCAGGCGGAGAUUGAUCAUGUGAUAGGCCAAAAGGGUAUUGUUCAAGAGUCUGAUAUAUCAGAAUUGCCAUAUUUACAAGCGGUUGUGAAGGAAACUUUCCGGAUGCACCCGGCUGCUCCGCUGCUCGUCCCUAGAAAAGCUGAAGCUGAUGUGGAGGUUCUUGGAUUUAUGGUGCCUAAAGACACUCAAGUUUUGGUGAACGUGUGGGCCAUAGGACGAGACCCGAGCGUGUGGAAGAAUCCGACCCGAUUCGAGCCAGAAAGGUUUUUGGGGAAAGAGACAGAUGUGAAAGGUAGAGAUUAUGAACUUACACCGUUUGGAGGCGGACGGAGAAUUUGUCCGGGAUUGCCUUUGGCUGUGAAGACUGUGAAUCUCAUGCUUGCUUCUCUUCUUUAUUCCUUUGACUGGAAGCUUCCAAACGGCAUCAAUCCUGAGGACUUGGACAUGGACGAGACAUUUGGUCUCACAUUGCAUAAGACCAACCCGUUACAUGCCAUUCCCAUCAAGAAGCGGCCCAUUAAUUAACCAUUGUGGUACACGUGUGUUUCGUAAGUACGAAUAUAGUUUCACACUCGAAUAAUUUUGGACCUUAUGAUUUUAAAUAAACACAAAUAAUCUCAAGUA